AUGAUUUAUGAAUCAGGAGCAAUGGACUCGGGCACGUUUUCUGAGUCUGUGGUGGGAGACCCCGAAGACUCAGCCAUCGAUUUCUCAAUCAGGAAAGUCUCAUCCGAAGACUGUCACCAAGAUGCCAGCGCAUUCGUACCGCGGGCGAACACUAGCGAUCCGAUGAAACUUUGGUACACAGUGGACACGGAUCCGAGAACCGCGAAGAAGAUAGCGAUGGAAUCGCUCUCUUACGCUACGAUUGAUCAGUCUGUCUACAUCAUGCUACAAGUGGACUGUCCUUUCAUAAAGAAAUUCGAACUCGUCAACAUCCAAGAUCUGACUCAUACAAACUUGCGCAACGGCAUGACAUUGAUGGAGCUCAGUGACUGUCUUCGAUUACUGGCAAAGUACGCAAAAGAACUCCUCAAACCUGCCAGGGAAAGAUAUAAAAACUGGAACAAGAUACCUUUCCUGAAAAGUGGAAGUCCCCAGAAGUGGACCCGCAUGGAGGGAACGGCGCCCAUUCUGCAUCAGCUUGGGUACACGCAAGGAACUUCGAAAGGCUACGUCUUCCCCCUGACGGCGUAUGGACCACCCCUGGCGAUCAUAAAAGUCAUCGCGCUCGAGCUGGCGAUGUCGGCGGCCGAAUUGAGCGUGUUCUACAACAAUCGUCACCCGAAAGCCGAGGUGAUCAGUGCGAUGCUCUACAGUCGGGGUGCUGAAGCGUUGCCAGCCAAACAGGAAGUAGUCCAAGAGCAGGGCCCACCCUCGGCACCUUUCAAUGUCAUGGAUCUCUUCGAAUCGACCGUCAAAACCGACAGAAGCCAUGAAGAACCCGAGGCAAGGAGCUCUGUGAAUCAAUCGGGACUCAACGAUCCCGCCGCGUGCAGCGGAGGUAUCGCUAAACGUCGCCGUAGCUAUGAUCUCACUCCCCUGAAGCCACCGUCGACUUCUUCGGGCUCCCCUUCCCUAGAUACAUCCGGAGCGAUUCCUGGAAUUCCAAAGAUGGAACCAGUCUCGGUGGACGAACGGCUCGACAACGAUGACGUCAAACAAACUAAGAACGCGGAUUGUUACGGGGUUCCUGCACAGCCAGAUGGCGGUCACGCUCAGCGAUACUUCGAGGCUCCUAUUCCGAGACACAAUUUCGCUCAGAGAUUCAAUCAGCAAUAUGGUCCCGAUGUAGCUGCUAGCGAGGAAGCGGUGCGGCAAAUACAGGCUAUGAUGCCCGCCACCCUACCAAACCUGAGCAUACUCGGCAACAUGUUGAGUAGUGCGAAAUAUGAUUACAGAAUUUGA